AUGACCAGUGAUGCCAACCCUCACCAGCGUUCCUCCUCUCCCUUGAAACGAAGAGCCUCCAGUAUGGAUCCCGACGCUGAUGUCAGUAUGAAGGAGGAGGAUGUCGAGAUGGCCUCCACCAACCAGCAGCAGCAGCAGCAGCAGCAACAGUCAGCCGAGGAUGCCGAGUCAGCCCCGACUUCCUCCAACACUCACUUGCCCAGGGCCAUGAGUGUCGACCUGCCCGACAAUGUUGCAAAAGGAGCAUUGAGCAAAUCCAAUGACAAGGGUACGAAUCUCCCCCCUCUCGAAGAUCAAAUCAAGACCAUUCAGACCCUUCUCAAGGCCUUCAACGACGAACCCCCGAAAGUUGGCGAUGUCGCAUACGUUGUGUCGAGAUCAUGGGUGGAAAAGGCUUUGGCGCUUGGCGGCGACCCCAAGUUUGCCAAGAAAGAGACGACAAAUGAACCGCUAGGCCCUGUGGACAAUUCAGACCUUAUUCUCGAGGUCCUGUCCCAGCCCGGCGGUGACGACUUUGUCCGGAUGAAGCCUGGUACUGGCAUGGAGGAGUGCGAGCUCUUCCCGGAAGACGCCUGGACGCUCGUCUCGGAGUGGUAUGGAGUCGGCGAGGGACAGAAGCCGAUUGUGCGCAGUGCUAUCAACGCGGCGCCGGACUCGACGAGCGACAAGAACGUCAUGUUUGAGCUGAACCCGCCCGUCUUCACAAUCCACAGACUCUGGUCCCUGUCGAGCCCUAUCAAGAUUAAGGACGAGCUCAAGAGCAAGGAGCCCCUCGUCCUAGCCCGGAGUGCCACCACACCCUACAACCCGUUCUAUAAGGAGCUGAAGGAGCUCACCGGGGCAUCUCUAGAUCGUAAGAUGCGGGUAUGGCAGCUUACUCAACAACCCGAGGCGCAGGAGGCGUCGCCCAGGUCCGCCCUCACACCGCCUGAUUCUCCAAACCCGGACAAGGACGGCGAGAGCUCGUCGGGUCCCUGGCAGCGCAUGCUCGUGGAGGUACAAAACUUCACCAAGGUCAAUGGCGGAGACCGACAGGUAGUGCCUGCGGUGGACAACACUACCAACCCCAACUACAAUGGCAACUCACCCCUCUCGGUCUACGGACUGAUGCAGGACAUGACUCUCGUCAUUGACGAAGAGAUUGCGAAGAACUCAUGGGUCUCAAACUACUUCAAGGGGGGCAAGAACGACAAGGUUCUGGCAUCUAGAGGUUCUGCCACGAGCCUGAAGGCCAACAGCAGCGGAGGAAGCAGCCCUGCUCCUCAAGGGCCCGUCACUCGAGGCCGAACUCAGCAGAAGAAGAAGCCUGGCCGGGGUCUAGGCGCCGUAGGCCUUCAGAAUCUUGGAAACACCUGUUACAUGAACUCAGCCCUGCAGUGCGUCCGCAGCGUAGAGGAAUUGACAAAGUACUUCUUGACGGACAAGUACAAGGAGGAACUCAAUAAGGGCAACCCUCUUGGUUACAAAGGACAGGUAGCCAUGGCUUAUGGUGGGCUUCUCAAGGAGAUUUACAACGAGUCGAGAGGUGCAGUCAGCCCUCGCGACUUCAAGAAUACGGUCGGUCGUGCUCGCGCUACUUUCCAGGGCUGGGGCCAACAAGAUACCCAAGAAUUCCUUGGUUUCCUCCUCGACGCCUUGCAAGAGGAUCUCAGUCGUAUUCACAAGAAGCCUUAUAUUGAGAAGCCAGACUCGACGGACGACAUGAUUGGUGACGAGGAAGCCAUUCGCAAGAUGGCUGAGGAGGUGUGGGACAUCACUCGGAAGCGCGACGACUCUGUCAUCGCAGACCUCUUCACUGGUUUGUACAAGUCAACUCUCAAGUGCCCGACGUGCGACAAGAUCAGCAUCACUUUCGACCCUUUCAACAACCUGACUUUGCCGCUGCCUAUGGAGGACAUGUGGAGCCGGCCUGUCAAGUUUUAUCCGCUCAACGAUGUGCCUGUCAAGUUUGAGGUCGAGCUGCCAAAGCACAGCGCCAUUGAGUUAUUGAAGAAGGCGCUUUCGGACAAGACUGGUGUGCCUGUGGAGUUAUUGAUGGGAGCAGAGGAGUUCAAGGGCAAGUUCUUCAAGGUCUACUCCGACGCCACCUCAGUAUCGGAGGAGAUCCAGCCCAACGAUAUCCCUGCUUUCCAUGAGCUGGAAUCGUCGCCGACCAACUACCCUCCUAAGCAGAAGAAGAUGGGUACGCCCAGCUCGAUGCUAGAAAUCAGCGAUGAGCCAUGGGUUGACCCUCGUACUGAGCGUAUGCUGGUCCCUGUUCUUCACCGCAAAAAGACGGGCAAUACUUACCGAUUGCGGGGAGACGACAUUGCAUCGCCCCCUCACUUCAUUGUUGUCACGCCCGAGGAGUCCCGCAGUGAGGAUGCCAUUCGUCGCAAGGUUCUAGAAAAGGUCGCAACUUUCUCUACCUGGUCCGAUUUCGAGGAAACCGACGAGAGCACAGAUGCAGACAUGGUCAUCACAUCCCAGUCAGACGCCGAUUCGUCAGGUGACAGUAAGGUUGUCUCCAACUCGGUAGAAGGCGAGGAUGACUUGGUCAACGUUUCUGUCGGCGCAGGCGAGCAACAGCAGACCCGGCGACCUGCCCUGAAGCAAUUCAACGUCCGCCGUCCCAAGUGGGCGGAUACCAAGGAGUACCUUCCACCUCAUCUCCAGAACCUGUUCGAACUUAGCUUCUUCGGCGAGAGUACUGACUAUGGGUUGCCCGUGGGCUGGAAUACGGUGGACGAAAACAAGAGUUUCCGUCUUCUAUCUUCUCGCGCCCCGGAACCUCCCAACGAAGACUCGAACAGCCCUGGCUCUACGAACGGUGCAGAUAGUGAGCACGAGAGUGUCAGCGAAGAGACUACCCCGCAGUCUGUUGAGGAGCAGACCCGCAUGGCAGAGGAGUCGGAAGAGGACGAGCCCGUUCGCGUGAUCAAGCCUAUGAACCGAGGAAGAGGCAAUCACAAGGUUGGCGGAGCUCGCCGAAAGAACAAUAAGGGCAACAAGACCUAUGGAAAGAAGGGCGGCAAGCGCCGCGACAGAGAGAACCGAAACAGCAAAGCGCAGCCAUUCCACGUGAUUGACGUUGAGCCUCAGCCGUCACCUGAGGACGACGUCCGCGGUGGUCCGCUUGUCCGUCUGGACGAGGGCAUAGUCGUCGAUUGGUCCGAAGAAACUUGGGACUUGGUCUUUGGCAAGGAGUCGUUGCGCGACACCGACGACAACCGCGGCUCAAAGACUUUCACCGACCCGGAGGAGCUCAAGGACCCUAUCUUGGAACAGAAGCGUAAGUCACGGAUGGCUAGGAAGAAGCAGGGCAUCACCCUUGAGGAGUGCUUGGAUGAGUUCGAGAAGGCCGAAGUCUUGUCUGAGCAGGACAUGUGGUACUGUCCGCGCUGCAAGGAGCAUCGACGUGCUAGCAAAAAGUUCGAUCUCUGGAAGACGCCAGACAUCCUCGUUGUUCACCUGAAGCGAUUCAGCAGUGCUGGCUGGCGCCGCGACAAGCUUGACGUUUUGGUCGACUUCCCCAUCGAGGGUCUCGACCUUCACAAGCGCGUUCUUUGCCAGGAGACGGGCAAGGAAGAGAUCUACGAUCUCAUCGCGGUUGACGAUCACUUUGGUGGUCUCGGCGGUGGCCACUACACUGCUUACGGACGAAACUUUGUUGACGGCCAGUGGUACAACUACAAUGAUACCUCAGCCAGCAAGACUUCGCCCGAGAGUGUCGUUACUAGAGCGGCCUACCUGCUCUUCUACCGGCGUCGGUCCGAGGGCCCAUUGGGCGGCCCUCGCUUCAAGGAGAUCUUCGACAAGUUCGACAAGGAUGGAGAAGAUGACGAUGAAGAGGAUACCGAUUCGGGGGAAGAUCAACGUCUCGUCGGGGGCUCCUCCCUAACUGGAUCGUCGAGACUUGGGACCGGAGCCGAAGCAACUCACCCGCGCGGAAAUCGUGGUUUGGCUAGUAACACAAUGUCCACGGCCAACGCGGGUGCAGAUGAUGAAUUGCCACCUUAUGAGGGUAGCUCCAGCACCAAUGUUGGUAGCGACAACAUCCAAAAUAGCAUUGAGGAUGAGGGCAUCGGCAUGACGGACUACAACGGAGAAUCGACUGCGUUCUCAGCUACGCAAGGCUGGAACUGGAAUUCCUUGGACUCCGCUGAGGGAACCAACAACUCUCUUGGUCUGGACGGCUACGGCAGCGACGACGCACAACCAGACUCUUCAGACGAGCGCGACGUUGGCAAUGACACUGAUAUGCAGUUCGAUGAGACCAUGGGAGAUUACGAGACCGCCAAUGACGAGGCGCCUCCGCCGCCUGACUUUGGCGCUCAGGUUGGCCUGUCAGAGAUUCAGACUGCCGCCUGGGCCCGUCAGAACAAUGCCGAGGUCAUUUCUGUGCCAGCUGCUGAUGACGAUGCCGCUUCCAAUGAGGCAGCCGAGAUCCACCUUGACGAUGACGCGGAGCCGCACGGGCAGACUUCUCGGACACACUAG